UGCAUUGUGCGCAAUUUGGCCUCAGCGUCAAGUUUUGAUGGGAGUUGAGAGCCAGCCUCCAAAUGGACACACAAGAGGUGAAUAGGAGAAAGGUGUGCGUCAAAUGGUCCAUACUUUGUGGUUUUGCCUUGAUUGUCUGUUUGUUGGACUCGGCAUGUGGACAGAUCCGCUACUCCAUCCCAGAAGAGCUGGAACAUGGCGCCUUUGUGGGAAACAUAGCCGAGGACUUGGGUUUGGAUUUGGAUAAACUCUCUGCGCGAAGAUUUCGUAUCGUUUCCGGUACCAGGAGGCAGUACGUGGAGGUAAAUUUGGAAAACGGAGUUUUAUUUGUAAACGAGAGACUAGAUCGCGAAGAACUGUGCGAGCAGAGUUUGGCGUGCUCUUUUCAUUUGCAAGUGGUCAUCGAAAACCCUCUGGAGCUGUACAGAGUUGAGGUCGAAAUUCUGGACGUGAAUGACAACUCCCCGAGCUUUCCGUGGACCGAAUUUAAUCUAGACAUUUCGGAAUCUGCAUUACCGGGAUCCCGCUUCCCUCUCGAGAGCGCGCAAGAUUUGGACGUGGGUUCCAAUUCGUUGCGCACUUAUUUGCUGAGCGUCAAUGAGCAUUUCAAUUUGGACAUCCAGACAAGAAGUGACGGCAGUAAAUUCGCCGAACUCGUUCUCCAAAACCCGUUGGACCGGGAGCAUCAGAGCGCGCACCAGAUGGUCCUGACAGCGGUGGACGGAGGUUCUCCAGAGAAGUCCGGAACUGCGCAAAUUGACAUCACAGUUUUAGACGCCAAUGAUAACGCUCCAGUGUUCGAUCAAUCUUUCUAUCGAGUAAGGCUGGCGGAAAACGCAGCAAAGGGUGCAGUUGUCAUCAAACUCAACGCCUCCGACUUGGAUGAAGGAACCAACGCAGACAUCACCUAUUCUUUCAGCGGGCACGCACCCAUCAAAGUGCGCCAGCUUUUCGUAGUAGACGCGCGCACGGGGGAAAUCAAAGUCAAAGGGUUGAUCGAUUAUGAAAAAGCAAGGAUGCAUGAAAUUUACAUCCAGGCAAAGGACAAAGGUCCUUCCGCUGUCGCAGUCCACUGCAAGGUGCUGGUGAACGUCUUGGAUCGGAACGACAACCUCCCAGAGGUCAUCCUUACGUCCGUGUCCACGCCUGUUCACGAGGACGCGCCCCCUGGCACUGUUAUUGCUGUCAUCAGCGUCACGGACAAGGACUCAGGGGAAAACGGCAACGUGGACUGUGAGAUCCCAAAUCUGAUCCCCUUCCAGCUGCACUCUUCUUUUAAAAACUACUACACGUUGGUGACAAGUGAUUUUCUAGACAGGGAAACAGUGGCUGAAUAUAACAUUACUCUGACUGCAAGAGAUAUGGGCUCUCCGCCUUUAUUUACAAGGAAAACCAUUGUGGUCCAAGUGUCUGAUGUGAAUGAUAAUGUGCCUCUAUUCAAACAACCCGCUUAUACUGUCUACUUGACGGAGAAUAAUGCACCGGGGGCCUCCAUCUGCUCUGUGACGGCACAGGACCCAGACUAUGGCCAGAAUGCAUACCUGUCCUAUUCGAUAAUAGAAGUUGAUGUUCAAGGGAUGCCCGCCUCCACAUACGUCUCUAUCAAUUCAGAUAAUGGCAAUAUUUACGCCCUCCGGUCGUUUGACCACGAGCAGUUAAAAAACUUUCAAAUCACAGUGCGAGCUCAAGAUGCUGGGUUCCCACCUUUAAUCAGCAACGUGUCAGUGACAAUAUUUAUUUUGGAUCAAAAUGACAACGCACCUGUCAUUGUGUCACCUCUUCCUCAAAAUGGGACACCCCCGGUUGAAGCGGUGCCAAGAUCUGUGGAUGCUGGCUUCCUGAUCACCAAAAUACGGGCGGUGGACGCCGACGCGGGUCAGAACUCACGCCUUUUUUACCAAAUGCUUCAAGCGACUGAUCCGAGUAUGUUCAGCGUGGCUUUAUACACAGGAGAAAUUAGGACAAUACGACAGUUAGUAGAGAAAGACCCCACAAGGCACAGAUUGGUCAUUCUGGUGAAGGACAAUGGCCAAGUCCCCCUCUCGGCCACGGUUUCCAUCAUUCUGUCAGUGGUUGACAGCCUGCCAAGAUCUCAGCCCGAUUCGGGUGACCUGUCACCGAGCCCCCGUCACAGCUCCAACUUUAGCCUCUACUUAAUCGUGGCUCUCGGCACCAUCUCCUUCACAUUUCUAGUGGCUAUCAUCGUCAUUGUUACAGUGAGGAAGCUGAAGGACAGCGUGUCCGACAAAGAGUCCAACUUUCCCCCCACCAACAUCUGCUGCUGCUGCUGUCGCUCGGUGUCACCCGGCAACACCGCCGACACCUUCAAAAAGUCCAAUUUGAACAUCAGAAUGCCAACGGACUCAUUCGGGUGCACAGAGGCGAACAGCAACGGCGGGCUCCCGCAAUCCUACUGCUACAAGAUGUGUCUGACACCAGAAUCCUCCAAAAGCGACUUCAUGUUCCUUAAACCAUGCAGUCCGGUGUUGUCUACUGGACAGAACAAUGCCAAGAGCACUGACUACCUGACAUCUGGUUGGAGCGGACUGGACCGUAAGGAUCUGGCCAACAACAGAACUUCAACUCAGAAAGAGCUAAAGUAUUCCACCAAGGACUGGACCUGGACCAAGAAUCAACGCAAUUCAGCAUACAAGAGGUAUAGUUCUGGAAAUAUGGAAGGCACACUAGCUCGUCCACAGCAGUACAGUGCUGAUGAGUAUUUCUGCUCUGUGGCACCACAGUACUGGACUUGGGGAAACCGUAUAAGUGACUGCAAGAUGUCUCUUCAAGAUGAAACUGAUCCUAACUUCAACUGGACUUCAAAGUACACACAGCCUCAGUCCGAGGCACUGGACUACCAGCACAACGUGUACGUUCCCUCAGAGGCGUCAGACUACCAGCACAAUGUGUACAUUCCCGGCACCACAUCUGGCUACAGCACACUCAAGCUUGCACCUCGAGGUGACCUAGAUGUCUACAACACAUUUUCUACUUUUGGGAAGAAAAAGAAAUUAAUCUCUAAAUAUGAACCUACGUAUGGAAAAGAUGGUGGCCUCAUAAGCAGUAGGGGUUUUGAAUAAGACACCGACCUUUCUGGUCACGCUGUGUAUGAUAUAUUUGUACCUAAUGAGUCUCUUCUCUUUAAAAAAAAUUGUACAGGAUUUUAAAAAGGAAUUUGCUGUAGUUACAAUAAAAGAGGCUUAUAUUAGGGCUUACUUGAAACAAAAUGUUGUUUUCCCAGUUCGUGUCCAAAACCUACAGCCCCAAAUUGAUUGAUACUAAUAUCAACAGUAAGUGCUAACUCCUCCUCAAGAAGUGUUGUUUAUGGUGGAAAAGUGGUGUCUUAAUUUCUCUGAGUAGUUUUGACUGUUAUUUUUCAUAUCACACACAAAUAAUUAUACAAUUCAAAUGGUGAUGAUCCUCCUGUGGCUUUUAGGCUUGCUAUGUUGGUUAUACAAUACAAAAUGACUUAAAUGUGUUCUAAAAUUCAGAUUGUCAUAUCGUCUGUAUUUAGUCUCCAUGAUUCAUCAUUCUCGUCAUACA